UCUCCAUCUAAAUCACCAAGAUGAGCCACCAGAAAACCCCGCUCGACCACCACCACCACCACCACAAGAACCACCGACCGGAUCCACUUAGAGAAAUCGAAGUCUUGAUAAUAUCAGCGGAGAAUCUCAAGAACGUUAAGCAUGUCACCAAAAUGAAACCCUACGCACUUGUUUACGUGGAAAAAGAUCUCCACAUGGCAAAAACCCACGUGGACAACCACGGCGGAACUGACCCUACUUGGAACGAGAUUGUCAACGUGAGAUUCAGGGAACACCUGCCGGAAACAGACGUGAUGGCGGCGCUGAACGUGGACAUAUAUGCUCACGGUCAUGUUAGAGAGAAGCCCAUUGGAAGUGCUAGGGUUUUGCUUUGUGAUGUUUUGAAGGGAGGCAAACCUGACGAUCCAGCUGAUAAUCCUAUUCAGUGCAUGACGGUGCAGGUCCGGCGGCCGUCUGGUCGGCCUCAAGGGUUGCUUAACUUGUGGGUACCUCCUACUGGGAAGUUUUUGAUAAGGAGAGAUUCUUUGUCUUUUAAUGUUAAGGACGUUGUUGCUGAGAAGGAAGAGGAGGAGAAGGUGGCGGUGGCGGUGGUAGAGGAGGAUCAUGACUCAGGUGGCGGUGGCGGUUUAGUAAGUUAAAGAGUGGAUGCAUGGCGGACAUGUGUGGUGCUAGCCUAGGCUGCUAGCUAUUAUUUGUCACCUUCUUGUUGUUUUCUUUUAAUUUCUUAGAGCGUUUUCAAGAUUUGUAUACAUA